GUGUUUAUUUAAAAAUAAGAGUGCUGUAUUUUGUAUAUUCUUCACGUUAAGAUAACAUUUCUAGUAAUUUUUAACUUGUAAUAGAGUAAAUAUUAGAUAUGUAUUGCGAUUAUUACCAAUGAUCACGAUACAUAUCUAAUACAUGUCUAAUAUUUACUCUAUUACAAGAUAAAAAUUACUAGACCAUUUUGUGCAUCAGCGUUUGACGCACAUGAUCAUGAAGUUGCUAUCGUUAAUUCCGUGCUGUUAUAAUUGUACGCCUCUUUUUCUCGCCUCGAGUGUGCCAAGUAAAGAGACGGAGGCUGCGGACAGGUCUCGGACAUGGCGGCGAAGGGAUCCGGAGGGAAAGGCACGGAACGAUUCAGAGAUAAUAUACCGAUGUACUGAAUUACGCGGCCGGCUACCGAAUCAUUUUGACCCACAUCCGUGAAUCGUCGUCGCCUCGAGGCCGGAGAUCCUAUCAGGCGCCUUUUUCUCGGCGUUGCUUUAUCGAAAUCUGUCGUGUUACUCGUUUUCAGAAUGGCGAUAAAUAAUCUGCCGAACGAGUCAGAAGAGAAAAAACUCAUGCCAUAUUUUUUCAUAAUUACAUAUGUUAGUCAGAGACAAAGAACCUUCUGUAUAGCUGCACUUAUGUAAAAAGUAAAAAUUGUACAGAAAACUUGGAUAUGAAACACGGCUAAAAAUAUUUACUCCUCUGUAUUUCGAAUUUAUUGCAGAUAAUUCUUUUUUAUAAAUUAUUUUAGAAGAAAAAAACUUUAUUAACAAUUUUAGCUAUUUAUUAAUUGAGUAUUUGAUACUCACUUGUCAAUUUAAUAUGUAGUAUUUGAGAUAUAAUACUACAUAUUAAAUUGACAUAAAUAAAAUCAAAUAAAUUGCUAGAAGAUGGUAAACAACAAAUCUAUUCGUGUGCUAAUGCAAAUUAGAUUAAAUAAUAAAUAUUAAAUAUUAAAUAGAAUAUUGAAAAGAUUUUUAGAAUAAGGCAGAAUGGCAAAAAUUAGAGUGCAAAUUUACUUUAUUUUAUUUCUAAUCUUAGAUCAUAAUUUAUCUUUAAUCCGUACUAAAUUUUAAGCGAAAGCUUAAUCACAAAAUUAUUCAAUUAAAAAUAUGUUUCCAUAAAAAAGUAUUUACAAUUUUCUUUUGUAUAUAUGGAGAUAAUCUUCAUUUAUGGAAACGGUCUUCAUUUAUAUUUGCUUCGUGUAUACCUAGCUUCCUUUAUGCAAAGCAUUCAAUGUACACCACAAUAACUUAUCAUGAUAAUUCUACCGGAGCUUGCCACGAGACCUAUUUUCUGGCGCUAUUGGGUCGCAACAGUCAACGAGAAGAUAAGCUGUCCAAUUUAUAUUCAGGCUAUGUCCGCGAUUAUAAUUUGUAUUUUCGACCUAAAUAGUUUUCAAACCGAUAGACAACAGAAAAAUAUGACAAUAAUUAUUGACGCCACUGAUCGAGAACCAAAACUAACGUUAACAUAAUACUAAAGAAUAUAAUACGUACCAAAGAAGUCGAAUUGAAGAAAAACUGAGAAAAAAAGACAGAAACGUCCACAUUCCGGAGCUGCGCGACUCUUACACAAACCCCCUAAGAUAAACUUCGUAUUUGCAUAUCUAAUGUCUAAAAAAGUUCCGCUAGUGAGCGUGCUAUGGAUAAGGGUUUCGUAUAUAAGGAAAGGAAAGGAAUCUUGCAGUGUCAGACUAACAAUGAGCAGUGCUCUAUUCAGAACAGACGCAAUGGUUUCAACACAAAUAAUCUUAUUAUUCGCAGCAUUCGGUCUUGGUUCGGGAUUAUCAGCCAAAAGUCACCGUGGGUCUCAUGGUCAUUCCAUACCGCCUAAGCCACGGUUCGAUGGAGUUUUCGACAGUGAGCAUAAUCACGAGGAAAUUGCUAAUAGCAUAAAAUACUGGAGUCCGAAUGAUCUACAAAAUGUUUGGGAAUUGAGCGGUUUACAUGAAGGUGAUAUAAUGAUUCAUCCGGAUAGUCCAUCGUGGAAAAAUGGUCUUCUAGACGCUUCAACACGAUGGCCUGGCGGUGUCGUGCCUUAUUUCAUACAAGAAGAUGAUUUUGAUAGGGACCAAAUUGAAUUAAUCAAAGAAGCUAUGCAAGAGUAUCAUGAAAAAACUUGUUUGCGUUUUCGACCUUACAAAGAUACAGACGAUGAUUACGUGACAAUACAAUCGAAAAAGUCAGGAUGCUGGUCCUUGGUAGGUCGUCAUGGUCACGGGCAGGUUUUAAAUCUACAGAAUCCAGGAUGUGUUCAUCAUGGUGUUAUUGUUCAUGAGCUUAUGCAUGCCUUGGGUUUUUAUCAUCAACAGAGUGCCGCCGAUCGAGAUGAAUGGGUUACCAUACAUUGGGAGAACAUCAAAUCGGGUAAGGAGCAUAACUUCAAUAAGUAUAACAAUCGUACUGUCACCGAUUAUGGUAUCGGCUAUGAUUAUAAGAGUGUCAUGCACUACAGCUCCCACGCGUUUUCUAGGAAUGGAGAACCUACUAUUACGCCGAAGGUAAUAAUCACGCGCAAUUGCAAUAUUCGUAUUGAUUUCGAUGUUUAUGCUAUUUCGUAGAAAGACAAGGUGCAACUUGGUCAGCGAGAUGGACUCAGUAAAAAGGACGUAGCCAAAGUACAAGCAAUGUAUAAAGAGCAAUGUGGCGAUCGUGAACCAGAAGGAAAC